AUGUCCCCGCCAGCCUCGGCUGCGACAGCUAGUGAGAGCAGUGCUACUACUGUUUUCGAGGACGAAGCGGACACCCCAAGAGAAGAGCAGAGGCCUCUGAAACAGUCCCUGAGCAAGUCUUUGUGCAGAGAAGUGUUCUGGAAAUGCCUGUUGCUCUCCAUGCUCAUGUAUGGUUGUAUGGGGACCAUGGUUUGGUGUCAUGUGACCAAGGUAACCCGGCUAACCUUCAACAGUGCCUUCAAAGGAAAGUCACUAAUGUACCACGACAGCCCAUGUUCUGAUGGUUACAUCUACAUUCCUUUAGCUUUUCUGGUUAUGCUCUAUGUGGUCUAUCUGGUGGAAUGCUGGCACUGUCAUGCAAGGAAUGAACUUCAGUAUAAGGUGGACGUUGAAGGUGUUUAUGAACGUGUGCAGAGGAUGCAGCAGUCCAAACCCUGUAUUUGGUGGAAGGCCAUCAGCUACCACUACGUGCGACGGACCCGGCAGGUUACACGCUACCGUAACGGAGACGCCUACACAACCACUCAGGUAUACCAUGAACGGGUGAACACACAUGUUUCUGAAGCCGAAUUUGACUAUGGCCACUGUGGGGUGAAGGACGUCUCCAAGCAACUAGUUGGCCUUGACAAGUCAGCCAUUACCAAACUGAGGUUCACCAAGUGCUUUAGUUUUGCCAAUGUGGAGUCAGAGAACUCUUACCUGACACAAAGGGCAAGGUUCUUCACUGACAAUGAGGGACUGGAUGAUUACAUGGAGGCCAGGGAGGGGAUGCACCUGAAGAAUGUGGACUUCAAGGAAUACAUGAUUGCCUUCUCAAACCCUGAUCAUCACCCAUGGUACGUCUCAAAUUACAUUUUCUGGGCAGCCGCCUUCCUUACGCUGUCCUGGCCUUUGCGGGUUUUGACAGAGUACCGCACAGCGUAUGUCCACUACCGUGUUGAGAAGCUUUUUGGGGUUGACUAUAUCCCAGUCACACCAUGCGAUGAGCGACCGUACUGCCGACGCAUUCCACGGGUGAACACAAUUGACAGCACUGAGCUGGAAUGGCAUAUCCGGUCCAACCAGCAGCUGGUGCCCAGCUACUCAGAGGCUGGCCUUAUGGACCUUGCGCAGAAUUCGGGUGGUUUCAGACAAAACUGUGAGCGCUGUCAUCGUGCAAUCAGCAGCUCCUCCGUCUUCUCCCGCAGCGCCUUGAGCAUCUGCAAUGGCAGUAGUCCACGUAUCCCGUUCAGCGGCAGUCGCUUCUCUCUAGGCCGCCUUUAUGGUUCACGCCGUAGCUGUUUCUGGCAGAGUGGAAGCAUCAGCCUGGAUGAACCUGAAAGCCCCAAUGAAAACACCCGUUGUCUGUCUGGACGAAUCACCACAGAAGAUGAUGACCCCCCACCCUAUCAGGAUGCCCUCUGUUUCCCUGUGCUCAUUGUCCACUGCAGCGAGAGCUGUCCCAACCACCGGUCCUUUCAUAGGAAUGGCUCUUGUGUUGAGACAUCCCUAUGA